AUGAGUGAGAUUGAAAAUCCAACAGAAGACACUCCGUCAACAUAUGGGCAAAUGGAAGAAGGAGCAACAUCAACUACACCUGUAGAACUUGAUUCAGUUCCCCCACCUCCAAAUAAUCAUGAUUCAGAAAUCCAAGAUAAUAUUGAUAAUGAUGAUAAGGGAAAGAGAAAGUUGACUUUCUUUGUUUGGAAUCAUUUCAAGAAGCAAAAAAUCGAUGGAGUUGAGAAGGCUAUUUAUAACUAUUGUCAGAGGAAAUUAGGUGGAGCAAGCAAAAAUGGAACAAGACAUUUACAUGAUCAUUUUAAGAUAUGCCCUCUUAGGAGGAAUCAGGAUAUAAAGCAAUCAAUCUUGAAUCCAAGUAGGAAGAAGGAUGGAAGUACUUCACUAAUUGCUGCCCACACCUUUGAUCAAGAGUUUUCAAGAGAUAAACUUGCUAAGAUGAUCAUUUUGCAUGAGAGGGAUAUAUUGAAGAUAUAUGAGAGUGAGAAGACUAAGACAAAGAAUUCCAUAAGUGACAAUCGUAGUAGAGUUGCAAUCACAACUGGCAUGUGGACAUCAAACAACCAUAAGAGAGGGAAUAUGGUGGUGACUGCACAUUAUAUUGAUGAUUCCUGGAUUUUGCGUAAUCGGAUUAUUAGGUUUAUAUAUGUGCAUGCUCCUCAUACUGCUAAACUUCUGGCAAAAGAGUUGAUGGAGUGUUUGGUUGCAUGGUCUCUUGAACAUAAGUUGUCUACCUUAACUUUAGAUAACUGUAGUGUGAAUAUUGCCAUGAUGGAUCAAAUGAAAGAAAAUUUGAGAAGUGCUACUUUACUUAUGAAAGGAGAAUUAGUUCAUAUGAAAUGUAGUGCACAUAUCUUGAAUUUGAUUGUUCAAGAAGGAUUAGGGGCGAUUCAAAGUGGCAUAGAAACUAUUCGUGAGAGUGUAGAUUUUUGGACUGCCACUCCAAAGAGAGUUGAAAAGUUUUAA